UGCGGCCAGCCAAUCAGCGGCGGCGUCUCUUGGUGCGCUGCGCCUGGUGCUGAUGGGCAGCGCUCGGGUAUUGGAGGGGAUGGGCACACAUUGGCAAUUGGUUGGGAGUGCGGUGCUGGCCAUGUCUAGCAGGGUUCCCGUAUCUCCGGAUCCGUCCUCCCGGUGUACCGGAUUGCAGUCCCAGGCCCCCUCCAGAGUGACAGAUUUGGAUUGCUCUCUGCCCGGAGAACGUUCCGUUGAAUGGUGCGUCUCUAUCCAUGGACUCUCCGGGGAGAGGGAAUUCUCUAAUCCGGCACAAUAGGCCACCUGGAGCCCUUCCGUCUUCACAAUGAAUUUAUCCGACCGGAUGACUGACUUUGCCGAUCAGACCCGCUACGACUAUGUCAACAGCACCUCCGUGUCUCACGUGGGCAACGGGACCCUGCGGGACAUCCAGCAGAUCAUCCACACGGCCACGUUGGUCACCUGCACCUUCCUCCUGGUGAUAAUCUUCUGCCUGGGAUCCUACGGGAACCUCGUGGUCUUCUUGUCCUUCUUCGACCCGGCCUUUAGGAAGUUUCGGACCAACUUCGACUUCAUGAUCCUGAACUUGUCCUUCUGCGACCUCUUUAUUUGUUGCAUCUCCGCCCCCAUGUUUGCCUUCGUCUUGUUUUUCGAUACCGGCAGCAACGUGCCCGACGCGUUUUGCUUCACCUUCCACCUUACCAGUUCCGGCUUCAUCAUCAUGUCUUUAAAAACGGUGGCGGUGAUCGCCCUUCACCGGCUGAGGAUGGUUCUUGGACAGCAGCCUAAUCGGACGGCCUCCUUCCCCUGCACUUUGAUGCUCACGGUGCUCCUUUGGACCACGAGCUUUACCCUUGCCACCCUGGCCACGCUAAGGACACGAAAGUCUCGGAUAUGUUUACCUAUGUACAGCCUUAUCAGCGGAGAGGGGAAAAUUAUCCUGUAUUUGUAUGUCAUAGACUUCACUUUCUGCGUGGCGGUGGUGUCAGCGUCCUACAUUAUGAUUGCCCAGGCGUUGAGGAAAAAUGCCCAGGUGAGGAAAUGCCCCAUCAUCACCGUGGACACCACGAGGCCACAGCCCUUCAUUGGGCCGCCUGGCGUGGAUGGUGUACAAUGUACUGUCCCUGCUUUGUACAGGAACCAGAAUUAUAACAAACUUCAGCAUAUCCAGACGCACGCCUACACCAAAAAACUCAGCCAAAUGCCCGUCCCGGCAAGCAGACUGCAGCUGGUGUCCGCCGUCAACCUAUCCACGGCAAAGGAUUCCAAAGCGGUGGUGACUUGCGUGGUCAUCGUCCUCUCCGUGCUCAUCUGUUGCCUUCCGUUGGGCAUCUCUUUGGUCCAAGACGUGUUGACCAACAGCAGCAGCUUCGUCCUCUACCAGUUUGAACUUUGCGGGUUCACUCUGAUCUUUUUAAAGUCGGGCUUGAACCCCUUCAUCUACUCCCGUAACAGCGCCGGGCUGAGGCGGAGGGUGCUGUGGUGCAUCCAGUACGUGGCGCUGGGAUUUUUAUGCUGCAAACAAAAAACCAGACUGCGCGCCAUGGGAAAGGGCAGCCUGGAGGCCAACCGCAACAAGUCCUCCCACCACGAAACCAACUCGGCGUACAUGUUGUCGCCAAAGCCGCAGAAAAAGUUUGUGGACCAAGCCUGCGGCCCGAGUCAUUCUAAAGACAGCGUGCUGAGCCCGAAAGGAUCCGGGGGGCAUCAGCAUUACGCCCAGAGCAGCUCCACCCCAAUUAAUACCCGUAUAGAGCCCUACUAUAGUAUCUAUAAUAGCAGCCCCUCCCAAGAGAUAAGCACCCCCAAUAGCCUGCAGCCAGUAAACUCCACCUUCGGUUUUGCCAAAUCGUAUAUUGCCAUGCAUUACCACACCACUAAUGAUUUAAUGCAAGAGUGUGAGACCACCUCUGCCAAGCAAAUACCCGUGCCAUCUGUCUGACCAUGAGACUGUAAUAUGCAUCUUGUAACAUGUGUUAUUGCCAUACAGCUAUAGGUUUACACUUUACUAUUUCACAAGUAUUAGGACUCACUUAAUGGAAAAAAAAAUAUUUUUCAUAUAACUUUAUUAAACAAUGUAACAGUUCACAUUAA